GUCUCCCGCCUUGUUAGUUUCGUUUCUCGGAGCCUGGGUUAGGCGCCAUCGCUGCAGCCAUGGAAAAAGCUGGUGCAGAAUUUGAAGGGGGUGCCAGCCUGGAGGCCGAACUCAUGUGUUCCAUCUGCCUGUGCCUGUACAAGGACCCAGUGUCGCUGAGCUGCAGUCACAGCUUCUGCCAGCAGUGCAUCCAGAAGGUGCUCACAGCCCAGCAACAAUCGCAGACUCCUUUAACCUGCCCCAUGUGCAGGCUCCACCUGGGGCCCAACCUGGAGCUGCAGAAGAAUUUCCACCUGUGCAACAUCGUGAAGGCAUUUCAGGCCAAGAGUUCAGAAGAAAAACAGGGCAAGGGCUCUGAAGAGGGGGAGACAGAGGUGUUCCCCUGUGAGUACUGCCUGGGUGAGACCCAGCCAGCGGUGAAAACCUGCCUGGUCUGCGAUGCGUCCUUGUGCCAGGCCCACCUGAACAAACACAACUCCAAGGCUUCCUACCAGGACCACAUCCUGGUGGAGGUGGGAGCAGGCGGUGUGGUGGAGGAGAGGAGGUGCCCGGAGCACGGCAGGAUGCUGGAAUGCUACUGCAGCCGUGAGGAGCAGUACAUCUGCCUGCUCUGCGCCAUUAGGGGGGCCCACGUGAACCACGAGGUCCUCACCCUGAAGGAGGGACAUGACAAGCAGCUGACUAAACUCCUGAACAAGAUGACAUGGCUGCAGCAAUAUGGAAGAGCCUUAGUUACCGCCCUGGAAGAUCUUCAGAAAAGCGAGAAUCAGGUCAAGACCAAUACAAAGACAGUGACUUCUCAGAUACAAAAGCUGUUCGACGAGAUAAAGACAGAGUUGAUUAAGAAAGAGAAGAUGAUCCUGAGUGACAUUCAAUCGAAUGAGAAAAAACAACUGGCAUACAUUGACUACUUGAAGAAGAAUAUGGAACAUAGGAGAGAGGAGGUUGAGCAGAAUCUUCAGCUUUUGCAGAAGCUGAGAGAGCAACAAGAUAUUUUCCUCUUCUUCAAGGAAUUUCAUGUAAGAAUACCGGCCACAGACAG